GAUGCAUUGUGAUCGUUUCACGCUAUUGUUUUAAAUCCCAGGACUUUGGUUAGUUGUUGGUUCGGUGUUCGUCGUUCGGCCGGGCCGGGCCGGGCCGCACAUACAGUUUGUUGGUUUUUUAUCUUGGUGAAACAUUACUCCUUGUGGGACUAUGGAGGGACAUUUACAAGGCAUGCUGGACCGGGACCAGCGCACCGCCAAGCUGCGGUUCCGCGAGCGUCGCGACGACAAGGUCGCCGCCGUCACGGAGGGCAACAGGUCCCGCGAAUUCGCGUCGCACGACGCGCACCGAAACACGCCCGUUAGUCACUGUGCGUUUCCCAGAAGGGCCAGUCCAUACGCCUCGCAGUUCGCCGCCAGAAAAAAAGGACACAUAUGGAACAGUAUACAGAGAUUAAAGUACAUCCUGACCUACGUGACGAUCUGCACAUUUCCCGUGGUUUGGUCAGCACCGAUGGAUCGAAUGCCCGGUUGGUGGGAAAAUCCCUGCGGACAAGCCGCGAAAUUGGACAACAGCCAAAGGGCCAAUGGGCCGACGGUCAGCGACAGCGAUCUCCUGCAACAGAUUCUGACCCAAGCCAACCACGCUUACGACAAGUCCAAGAGAUUCAAGGAAGAUUAUCUACUAAAAACCUUCAAAGACAAGAACUGGGACGAGUACGUCAAGGAGGAACAGUACGCUUGGCUUCCAAGUUUACCUAAGAAGUUUGGCGAAGACGUGCCCCAGGAUCACUUAAAUACUCUUACGUUUGACGACGAAUUGUUGAAAACGUACGGAUACCUCCAGACCAUCGCGGUGGGAUUGGAGCAGGUGAUUAAAGACAGAAAAAAGACUCAAGGGGAGUUCCUGAAGGAGUUUACAGAUGCAGAGAGCGAGUUGAAAAACGUGCUAUGCGAGUUACAAACGACGAUAUACGAAAGAAAAUUGACGAUAGAGUCUAAUGUGCAGAGGGACGUGAUGAAUGACUCGUUCAAAGAUGGUGAUAUAACUUUCUUCAAGACUCGUGAUUGGGUUAUCUACAGGGAGUACUUGAACUGUCUGGAGUACAUCAUUCAAGGCUUUAAUUACUUGAAAAGUAACUUGUAAAUCAGUAUUUUACACGAUCAGUCUUAUUCAGUAUUGGUAGCUGUUUUAGUACUUUAAUUAAUACUCCAAUGCCAACUUAUUUAUUUUAAUUUUAUUGAUAUAUACGUAUUUAUUUUUUUAACAUUUGUACAUAUGACGAUAUUUAUUACUAAUAAUUUUUAAAGUGUUUUUCAUCAUCGAAUUUGUAAAUGCAAAAUCAUCCUGUGAACCAAACUUGUAUAUGUAAAAAUUUUAUUUAUAAAAUAAGCGAUUUUAACUGUAAGUUAAACUUUUGGUUUAUAUGGUUGUUUUGUAGUCUCAUUCAUUUUAUUUAUAUUAAUUUAUAAGUUGUAAAUAUGUUCAUGUCCCGAUUUAAUUUUAGACUGCAAAUAUGAUAUUUAUUUAUAAUGUUGUUAGAAUUUUGAACUGUGAUAAAGUAUUACUCACAUAAAUGUUAGUUG